AUGUAAUAUUAUAAAUCUCUUUCAUUUUCUAUGACCUAAGAAUAAAAAUUUGGAGAAUUAGUUAAAUCGAUUAAUAAUACUUCAAAUAGCAUUUGUGAUGAUGAAUAAAGUCAAAAAUUUUAUAGCCUCAUUAACUAAAGUAUAUAAAUAUAAUAUGAACUAAUUCAAAAUUAAGAAGCUUCAAAAUUAUCCAAUUUAUAAUUAUUAAAAAUCUCAAAUUUCUAAUUUAUUAAAUGUCAUGAAUGCUAUUUCUGUAUAAUUUUUAAUUUAUCAAAUGACAUAUUGUAAUAAAGAUUAAAAAAUGAAAUUAUGAAGGUUUAUACAUUAAUAUUAUUAUUAUAGUAUUCAUUUCAAACUUAUUUUUUUGAUUUUACUUUAGAAAAUGUUAAUAAAUUGAACGCAGAUUUGGAAGCUUUUGACAAUUAUUCUAAUCAAAAUUUUGGAGAAUGCAGAAUAAUAAUAUUUUCAAAAAACUUUGAUUAAAAAAUCAUAGACAAAGUUAAUAGUUUUCCAUAUAUAUAUUUUUGUGGUGAUCCUACUAAUGUAAAUGAAAUUUAUUUAGAGAAUCUUUAAUUGCAUUAGAUAUUCUUAACUUUAGAUUUGUAGUACAAAAGAAUUUUAUAGUUACUUCCUACUGGGUAAUAAUUUAUAUAAUUAGUUUAUCCAUUUUAAAUUAAAUAAUUUAUACUAAUAUCAAAAUAAAUGGAAUUUUUGAAGAUAUUGAUGAUAAAAUUUAAUAAAUUUAACAUCCAUCAUUUAAAUUUGAAAAAUCAGAAGACAAUAUAUUCUUAUUUUAUAAUAUCCCAUAUAUGAAUGUUGAUGAAUAUCUGUAUAUUCCUCUUCCAUUAUCAAUUAAUAAAAUUGAAAUCUCUGAUAUAUUUUAGAAAAAUGAAAAAUUACAAUAAACUAAAGAUAUUAAUAAUGAAGGUUAUGAUUAUGUUAACAAAUUAAAAAUUUUGAAUGUAAAAAUUAUCUUUAAAUAGUAAAUUAAUGAUCAAAUCAAAUUCAGUGAAUUAGAAUUUUCAAUAAUAUUAAAGGAUUAGUUUUUUUCUGUUGAUUAACUAAUGUUUAGAAAUUAAAUAAAAUAAAUAAAAGAAUUUUAAAAGGAAAAUGAAAUAAAUGAAGGAGAAUUAAAUGAAAUUGAAAAAGUUCUUGAAGAUUUAUCUUAAUGUAAUAAACCUUACUUUUAAAAAUUGAUUACAUAUUAUCAAAUAAAAUAAAGCAUGCUUUAUAGAAUGAAAAUUAAUAGUUUUAUUUUUUAAUAAUGA